CAUAGAUAUAUAGCGAGUAAAGUCGUUAAUGCUGGCCAGGAUGCCAGGACUCGUGCUGCUGUUGAUGCUGCUGCUCAGCGGUUCGCUGCUGGCGGAGAUCUCCCACUCACCGCUGGCCAGCAAUCGAAUCAUCAUGGGUCCAGCCGGGCAGCUGCCAUCACCAGUGCACCCAAUGCCACCCAUGGCAGUGCCAACAUCGACAACGACGACGACGACGACGACGGCUCGCUGUCAGAAGCUGCAGCGUUACCGCAAAAUGCUGAAGGACAUCGACGACGUGGAGGACCUGUAUGUGGAUGUGCCCGUGCACAUUGCCCUGGAGGGGCGGCAAAGGAAGCGUUUUGUGCUGAACCUGAACGUCUCAACGCCGCUGACGAUUCUCUUUUCGGUGACCGUGGGCCGCAAGAUGUACUACAAUCAGACAGCGAAUGUACUGCGACCAGCGGCCGUUCCACCUGGCCCUGGCAUUGCUGUGGGGAGUCUGGUGCUGCCCUGCGCCCUGCCCGGCCAGUACGAUCUCUUUGUGCAGGCGCGACAGGCCGGCGCCCUGAAGGUGGACGCCCUGGCCGAGCAUCCGCAGCAGGCCUGGCCGCUGCUCAACGAAACGCAUCGCAUCCACAUUCGCAGCCACAAUCGUGUGCGGAAGCGUCAAAUGGUUGUCAAAUGGGAUCGCAGCAAAUUCGAUUACCAUGCGAUGCACUAUUGUCUGGUCAUUCAGCGCAUGGUUAGCUCGCCCUUUCGCAAUCCCUUUGCCAACUUCUGCCAGGCUGUUGGCGCUUAUGUGGAGCAAAAUCAUCCAAAAGCCACGGGCUGCUACAGCGCUGGCAGUCCCUUGGAUCUGGUCUGGGCCACGCCACCGAAGCGCGAGCGUCGCCUGAAUCCUCGCCACAAUCUGCACAUUGUGUGCACGGGGAAGCGACGCCAGCAGGUGCUCCGCCGUCUGCUGCCCAAGAGCAGCUACCAGCUGGAUCUCUACGGUGUGCACCAGAGUCGCCAGAACCUCACGAUGCUGCUGAGCAGCAGCCAGGUGAGCUUCAAUCGCACUCAGCCCAUGGCCCUACGCCAGCAGUCGCUCAAUCUGCUGAAGAUCGGGGGCCAGCAUGGCAUGCAGGUGUACAGCUUCAAGGUGCCGCAGACGGAGCCGCCACCGACCUACAUGCGGCAUCUGUUUCUGCCCUGCUCGGGCAGCGAGAUUCGCGUGAAUUUGCUCCGCCAGCGCAAUGAGGUGAUCCGUUCGGAUGCCUUCUACCGGCCCACGUAUCUGCGGCAGGACGGGGUCCAGCCCGGCGAACGCUACUUGAUGCGCUUCGAGCCCAGCAACGAGGAUGAGGCGGUGCGUGCCCAGAAAGUGUUGGUGGCUGUGAGCAGCGAGCAUUUGUUCCGUGAUCUGCCGGAGCUGCCGCUGAACAUCAGCGUCUUCAAUGUGCGUACGAGAUGCAAUCGAGCGACCAUAGCCUGGAAUGGCUCACCCGAUGAGCGGGAACUCAGCUACUGCAUCAUUGUGUUCAAUCUGCCGCAGCGCAAUCGCAGCGUUGUGGAUUCCACCAACUAUUGCAUGGACUUUGUGCCCAAACAGGUGAUGCAGUACAAGAACUUCCAGUGGAUGACCUGCCGAGAGCGACAGCAAAGCUCCGACAACAUUGAGACAGAGACCAUUCUUAAUCUAAUGCCCGGCUCCAGCUAUUUGGUUUAUGUGACGGCAAAUCUGAGCAUGGGCAAGCCGCUGCCCUAUCAGACGCUCACGCUGCACAUGUCCAGCCAGUGUCUGGAUGGAUCCCACGAGACAUACUACUAGCUGCAGGACACUAAAAAGGCUUCGCUGCACUUUCAACAGCAAAUACCACAACAAACAAGCAAAAAGCAGGAAACUAUCCGUCGUUGUAAAGCUACCUAAUAUCGAAUAAUCUAUCCAACUAUCCUACACAAGUACUCUCCACCACUAUGCUGGUUAAAAGACUCUAAACUCUAAACUCUAAACUCUAACCAUACAAAUACAAUACUUUAUUCUACACUUAUCGAUGUUCGUGGCAAAUGUUUGUGUGCGAGCGAUUGGCAGCUUCUGAGACUGCCUCUGUGUGAGUAUCUGUGUGUGUCUGUGCGCGUGUGUCUGUGUUUUUUGCCAACAGAUUCCAAGUAUUUGCGAGUGCUUAGUUUUGUAAUUUUCGAUUGUAGCUAGCCAUAAAUGUUUGUAUAAAAUGUUUCCUUUGUCCUGCCUUUUGCCCGCCUGCCUGCCUGCCUGCUUAGGUUUAGCACUCUUCAGAAUAAGUUUUACUCUUAGGUUUCGUUUUCCCCUAGGCUUUUGCUGUUAAGUUUCAACUGCAAUCAAAGAAUCCUUGUAUAAUUUUUUUAGCUAAGCAUAAUUAUAUAGAUAAUAUCUUUACCAUACACCAUAUAUGAAUGUACGUUGUAUUUUUUGAAGCUGAACUUGUGCAACUUGAGGUGGACAAUAACAAAAACAAAACAUGUGCUAUAUAUGGAUGGAUACACAAUCCAAGAAAAUGUCGCAAAAUAAAUAUGAAAUCAAAGCUA